GGCGGCGCCAGCAGCGGAGCGGGGACAGCGGCAAGGACAAGGAGCCGGAGCGGGCGCCCACCUGGGCGCUGCCGAGCGCCGCUCUCGCCUUUGUGCUCGGCCGCCCCCGCGGAAGGAUGCGGGGCGUGUGGCUGGCGCUCACCUUCAGCGUCGUGGCCUGCGCCGCCGCGCAGCCGAGAGCAGAUGUGACCUCUGAUAAAGAUUUAUACCUUGACAACAGCUCUGUGGAAGAAGCAUCAGGCGCCUACCCAAUUGAUGAUGAUGACUAUUCUUCUGGGUCAGGCUCAGGUGCUGAGGAAGAUGAGGACGGUGCGGUGGCCACAACAUCCAGAACACUUCCAAAGAUACCAACAACUAGUGAUGCAUCGCGAGCCGAGACGACCACGCUGAAAACGCAGACCAAGAUGCCAGCACAAACAAAGUCACCGGAAGAAAUUGAUAAAGAGCAAAGGCCUGAGACAAAUGCCAAGAAAAACAGCGAUGAGUCAGGAGAUGAUACUGAUGUGUUAACUGAGAAGCAUUCAGAAAAUCUGUUUCAGAGAACAGAAGUUCUGGCAGCUGUUAUUGCUGGUGGAGUUAUUGGCUUCCUUUUUGCCAUCUUCCUUAUCCUGCUACUGGUAUAUCGCAUGAGAAAGAAGGAUGAAGGCAGCUAUGAUCUGGGCGAGCGGAAACCAUCUAGUGCUGCCUAUCAAAAGGCACCUACUAAGGAGUUUUAUGCAUAAAAUUCCUAUUUAGUGUCUCUAUUUAUGAGAUCACUGAACUUUUUUAAAUAAAGCUUUUGCAUAGAAUAAUGAAGAUUUUUUUUGUUUUGUUUUUGUUUUUUUUUCGUUCAAGAGCCAUUACGGCACCUUUAUGAUAAAAAUCCCAUUGUAUUUAAAACUUUUCAUGUAUUCCUUUAAAAUGUAAAAUUAAGACUUAACAUUUGCAGUGUUCUGUGAAUAACAGUGGCAAAGCAUUAUUUUAUAAAACCAUUGAUGUUCACUGAAUCAUUUUUAAAACUUUAUGCAUAAAUAUAAAAUAAUGAAAAUGAUUGUUUUAUCAUAUGGUUUGAUGAAAGUUGUUUAAUUUUUGUCAGCAUGUCUCAGAUUGAUCUUACAAGUUAGUUUUUAUUUCAUUAAUUUAUCUGUUUCCAAAAAAAAUGCCUUUUGUAGUUGUCAUGGUGCAAUUUGUCUUCAGAUAAUUCAGAUAACAGUAACUUUUAGUGUAAAUGUAAUUUUUCAGCUAUGUAAACUUUAACCUCCACUUUGUAUAAAUUUAAGUGUCACAAUAUAAAUUUUACACUUUGCAUUGUUCCUCAGCGUACCUGUAGCUUCAGUGAGAUUUGUAACAGCAAAUUAAUGUGUAAAAUUGGAUUAAUACUACAAACUGUAUAGUCAUAUUCUUACUAAGCAAAUCUUCUGUAAGGAGGAUUUGAAGUAAGCUACUGACAAACCUAAGCAAACCCAAAGACUCUAACAGUAUUUUGAGAAGUUGCUGCAGAUUUCUAUGGCCACUGUAUUUGUCAAUUAUUUGCAGUUUGAAGGUACAAGUAGGAGUUUAAGUUUUUGUUCUUUAAAAAAUGCAUUUAAGUUGUAAACGUCUUUUAAAGCCUUUGAAGUGCCUAUGAUUACAUGUAACUCGUCGCAGACUGGUGUUAAUGAGUAUAUAACAGUAAAAGAAAAUGUUGGUAUUUUAUAAGCACAGACAAUUCUAAUGGUAACUUUUGUAGUCUUACAUGGAUAGACAUAACUGUAAUUUGGGAACAUAAACACUACUGAAUAAAUCAUGUGGCCUAAUACUGAGAGCUCCAUUGUGAAAUACUUUUGUACGUUUUUCAUUUUAUGACUACUUGGUUAGGUUUUAAUGUCACAAAUGACAUCUAUUAGAUCUUAGAAAUCAAGACCAAAAGAAAGAAAAAAGCUGCUGAUAAGGCUAAUUCUUGGACCAGAUUUAUUGCUGAAGUAGCAGGGAAAACCUGGGAUGUUUAAAGGUCAAUCUGAAUUCUGAGUCAUUCAAUCUUUGCAUUAUAUUUAAUGGCMGAAUCGAUACAGACCUGUUCUUCCUGCAAGCUUCUUUUCAGUGGUGUAAAAUUCAAAGGAGCACCCAGUUUCAUUUAUUAUGUAUAUCAGUUCUUGKUUUUUUUUGUUGUUUGGGUUUGUUUUCCCCUUCCUUUUGGAGAAUUCUGUUUUUCUGCUCGGACUACAGCAGAAGAAUCGAGACAAGUGGAAUAUCUUCAUAAGAGAAGACAGAAAUAUUCCAAGUAGAAGAGAAAAGGCUCUGUUGCUUAGACCACAGAUAGGUAUUGGAUAGAGGGACAUGCGAAGAAGACGAUAGUCUGCCUCUCUAUAUUACGCUUUGUAAGACAAAUGGCUUCGUCUUCUGGUCUGUUAUCUCUCACUUUGCUAAUAUUGAAAUUUCCAAAAGAGCUGUUCAGAACGUCAAAUUGAACGGGUUCUCAGAAAUGGCAAUCUAUUGUAAAUAAGAGC